UCUUCUUCUUCAUUGAACACCGCAUCGCGCCAGAACAACGCGUGCAAUCGCCCAAAACGCACUCACACGCUCAUCAUCGUCCGUCGCGGACUCGUUGUCCUUUUUAUCUACAUUCAUAUUGUUAUUAUACAUUUUCGUGCAGAAGAAAUCACCGACCAUACAUUUUUCCAAACAUAUGUAAAAAUAUAAUAUUUUUUAAUUUACCCGAAAAAAGCGAAACUUUGCUGCUUAUUUUUUCGUUCAAUAAAAUAUAUAAUAUAUUAUAUAUAUAUAUACAUAUAUAUUUUAUUAUUAUAAAACCGCCGCGGUCAUGUUGUCGUUACGCCGUCACCGGUUGUUGUUUGACGUGUCGCUGAUCCUAUGUCUGUGGGCUACCCUGUCUCAGGCUCGUCCCGCCGACUUUGCCGACCCGGAAGACGACCCGCCGGAAACCGGCUCAGCCGCCGUUCCGCUGCACGUGCCCACCGUGCCCGGUCGCUGGCUGACCGAUCCCAACUCGUCGUUCGGCCGAACCCUGCACCGCCACCUGUCCCGGCUACCAGAACCCGAACUGGACGCCCUGGAGACGGCGCUAACCGCCGCCAUAGCCGCCACGCCCGCACUCGCUGCUGACCACGAAAUGAUGAUGGGAGACGCGCCGGCCAGCAGUAGCUCUGACGACCGGAUGGACGCGAUACCUGAAGAGACACCGACCAACCGGACAACCGGCGACCAACCUCAGGCGGAACAAUCACGUCCGUCAGCCGACGACCUCGCCGACGCCGAGACGCCCCAGAUGCACAGAGAAAGCACUGAGUCUGCAGAAUCCACGGACAAGUAUGUCGAAUCAUCGGAGCCAAACAAAGAACUCAGACUCAAGUCCAUCCAGAGUCAAAUCAUCAACUUCAUGGGAUGGUCUGGUCGAGCUCCACCGCUGGGUUCCUCGACAAAGACGCGACCGUCGAUGCCAAUCUCUUCUUCUCAACAAAGGGACGCCAUACGCAUUCUGUACGAAAACGUCAAGAACUUCCCGGCUUAUCCCGCCGAUAUGUAUACCGAGAAAACCCAAAGUUUCUAUCCAGCCUGUGAGCUACCAAGACACACUAACGAAGAAGUUUGGAAUUCCAGAGACUCUAUGAACUUGAUGUUCAAUAUAAGUCUGCCGAAAGCCUCAAACGGCAUUACGGUGAACGUGAACACCGCGAAGCUUCGUUUGUACAAACAACAGGCCCCCUGCAGCUCACAAGCAAACAACGAGACAGACGAGCAAAACAUUUGCACUCCGUCGUUUCUGGAAGAAACUAUAAAGAGAUCUAAUACUAAUUUGUCAGAACCCGUCAUAGCGCCUUUAAUUAUGGAGGAAAAACAAAUCCGUGUGUCGAUCUACGCUUACACUAGGUCGUUAAAGAAAAAGAGAGUUAAGAGGAAGCUGUUGGAUAGCCGCAUGAUGGCUUAUUUUGGCGAAAAAUGGACAGAAUGGAACAUUAGAGGUGCUGUAAGAACGUGGCGUCGUGAUCCGUCUCGCAACUUUGGUAUUAGCAUCGAAGUCGAAGAUGAAGAAGGAAAUUUACUUCCAGUGCACAGAUUCUUCAAACCAAUGAACUGCACUGGAGACAUCCAAAUGACGACACCCAAGCCAAUCCCAGGAUUUUUAAUGGAAGCCGUACAAGAUUACAGCUUGUCGAAUCCCGAAGCAAACAAUAGUGUUUCAUUAAGUCCAGUACAGGCGUUAAGCUUCAACAUCCAGCGGUAUCCCAUAAUCGACGUGACCACUAUCGAAGUGCCGGAUUCAGAGGCCAACAACGCGAUGCAAUAUCAGCAUGCAAAAUACACGUUCGAACAGAACCUGGCCGGUAUGGCGAUGCAGCCGAGGAUCGACGAUUACCACCAACACUCAACCGAUCACAGGAUAAGGCACAACAACCACCACAGAAUGGAUACCGCAGACUAUGAUACUUCUGACAUGCGAUUUUCAAGCGGCAGAGAUAUCCGAGAUAAGAUUAUCGUACAGGGCGUGAUCCACAGAAGACCGUCCACCGAACUCACCGAUUAAAGCAUAUUUUAGCCCAAGUUACACCUCGGCACUCAAAGGCCGUGUUCGACAACCUUAUGCUAUUCACUAUUAUGAAUUACCUACAGAAUCCGAAGAUAGAUUAGACAUAGUUCUUUAGCGCACAAGCCUCCACGACUGUCGAAAAAUAUUAUGUCUACAUACAAAAACCCACUCGGUAGAGUUUCGUUUUUUUUUUUUGUUACGCGUAGUCAAUUGUCAUUAUAUAUUGUGGUGGAGGGAGUGAUAGAUGAUGAUUUUAACAAAAAGAAACAAACUAAUUUAUUUAUAUAUAACUUCUUCAUUAUAUAUUUAUUUAAUAAUACCUAUAUAGUACCUAUUCUGUACUAACCUUAUAAGUAUAAAUUUAUGUAUUAUGUAAAAUGUUCCUAUUUAUUGUUAGUAACCAAUUAUAUUUGGAUUCAGGAAUAUAUAUUUAUACAUAUAUAUUAGCUGUUCUAGUCUGUAAUCAUUUAUGCGAACAAUUCAAAAACAAAACAUAGGCUUAGAAAUAUUAUUACUAUGUAAACACAAUAUUAUAUUUUUAGGCUUUUCGUUGACGUCUUAUUAAUAGUUGUUUGUUUAAAAUUCACGUGUGUUUGCGUACAUAUUAUUGUGGCACCUAUCUUUUGUCCGUAUGAUUUUUUUAAAGUUUAUUAAUUUUGGCCAACUUUGUAGUCUUAGGUAUCUUUUUUAUAAUUAUUACUAAAAUAUCGAUUAUAUAUGUUUUGUUUUUUUUAUUUUAUGCAUGCUUUCACAUGUUUCUUAAUUGAUGUCAACAUACAUCUUAGAUACUAUACUGCAUACCUCUUUCUACAAUAUUUGUGCUAUUAACUUAUUUUUUAUAUACUUUAUUGUUCUAUACUAGUUAUA